AUGGCGCUGCUCUGGGGGCUCCUGGUGCUCAGCCUCUCCUGCCUGCCAAGCCCGUGCUCAGCGUUCUCUCCUGUGAGCGCCAUGGAGCCCUUGGGUCUGCAGCUAAUGGACGGGCAGGCCCAGGAGAAACUGCCCCCACUUUCCCUCCUCAAGCUGGGCAACCAGGAACCAGGUGGCCAGAUUGCCCCGAAGAAGGCCCCAGGAGACUGCAAGUCGUCCCCAACCCCGGAGCAGACACGCAGGCUGGCCCGGGCCAUGAUGACCUUCACCACAGACCUCUUCUCCCUGGUGGCCCAAAGCUCCACCAGGCCCAACCUCAUCCUGUCGCCUCUGAGUGUGGCUCUGGCACUGUCUCACGUGGCACUAGGUGCUCAGAACCAAACGCUGCAAAGGCUGAAACAGGUGCUGCACGCAGACUCAGGGCCCUGCCUCCCCCACCUGCUCAGCCGCCUCUGCCAGGACCUGGGGCCUGGGGCUUUCCGGUUGGCUGCCAGAAUGUACCUGCAGAAAGGAUUUCCCAUCAAAGAGGACUUCCUGGAACAAUCAGAACAGCUUUUUGGUUCAAAGCCCAUGAGCCUGACGGGAAGGAAAGGGGAGGACCUGGCAAACAUCAACCAGUGGGUGAAGGAGGCCACGGAGGGGAAGAUCGAGGAUUUCCUUUCAGAUCUGCCAGAUGACACAGUGUUGCUUCUCCUCAAUGCCAUCCAUUUCCAGGGCUUCUGGAGGAGCAAGUUCGACCCAAACCUCACACAGAGAGGCACUUUCCACCUGGACGAGCAGUUCACGGUGCCGGUGGACAUGAUGCAAGCCCUCACAUAUCCACUGCACUGGUUCCUGCUGGAGCAGCCUGAGAUCCAGGUGGCUCAUUUCCCUUUUAAGAACAACAUGAGCUUCGUGGUCCUGAUGCCCACCGGCUUUGAGUGGAACGUGUCCCAGGUGCUGGCUAACCUGACCUGGGACAUUCUGCACCAGCCCUCACUGCGGGAGAGGCCCACCAAGGUCCAGCUGCCUAAGCUGCGUCUCAAAUACCAACUGGACCUGGUGGCCACCCUUGGCCAGCUGGGCCUGCAGGAGUUAUUCCAGGCCCCGGACCUGCGUGGGAUCUCCGACGAGAGGCUGGUGGUGUCCAGCGUGCAGCAUCAGUCCGCGCUGGAGCUCAGCGAGGCCGGCGUGGAGGCGGCCGCGGCAACCAGCACGGCCAUGUCCCGCAUGUCCCUGUCCUCCUUCAUCGUGAACCGCCCCUUCCUCUUCUUCAUCCUCGAGGACAGCACGAGCCUGCCCCUCUUCGUGGGCAGUGUGAGGAACCCCAACCCUAGCGCGCAGCCGGAACGCAAGGAGCAGCAGGACUCCCCCGACGGCAGGGACUCUUUCCAGGAUCACAAAGGCCUCCCCCGCGGAGACAAGCCCUUCGACCCAGACUUGAAACUUGGGCCCCCCUCGGAAGAGGAUUACCCUCAGCCCAGCAGCCCCAAGUGA